UAGUGGGAAACUGUCAACGAAACGAAAGGAGAAUAGAAUAUUAAGCAAUGGCGUAAGAAAGUGUUGAGCUUUUAAAAUAUCAAAUCAUGCAUGUUUCUAAAGAUGUGCAAAUCUUACAGCUUGCUUAAUGGUUCAAAUUAUAAUACUACCUUUGCUUUACGUGUUACUUGUGUUGUUUAUAAGGUGUAAAAGUUGAUGUGUACCUGCUUCAAUUCGCAUAAAUAUCUGCAUCUAUGAUUUUUAAUUAUGACGACACGGUGCAUUUUUAUUUUAUUUACGACAAGCUUUCUGUUUGUUAAGGUGAUAUUAGGUGCAGAACUAGUUAUACACAUUCCAGGAAAUUUAGGACAAGAUGGUGUAGUUUAUAGACUGGAUUAUUAUCCUCCAUUUGGAUAUCCAGCUCCAAAUACAACAAUCGCAUCAAAAGACAUCAGAGAUGUCAUCAAAUUCUCUCAAGCGUUACCGGGAACCAAAUACGAUUUUUGGUUGUAUUAUUCUAAUGCUACGCAUAAUACUCUUACUUGGACAGCGAAUUUUACUACAGUUCCAGACCCCCCUUCAGGCCUUUCGGUACAAGUUCGUAAUGGAAAGUCAGCUAUAAUAUCAUGGGAUCCUCCAGCACAAGGCAGCUUCACAAGUUUCAAAUUAAAAAUUAAUCCUUUAGUUCACAUUCCCGAUCCAAAAACACAAACUCUUACAAUAGAAAACGUAGAUGGUACUCAAUACAGGCUGAACGAUCUUGUUCCUGGAGCAACGUAUCAAAUUCAAGCCUUCACGGUAUUUGAAAAUAAAGAAAGCGCAGCGUACACAUCUAGAAAUUUUACCACCAAACCAAAUACACCUGGUAAAUUUAUAGUAUGGUUUAGAAAUGAAACAACUUUAUUAGUUUUAUGGCAGCCCCCUUAUCCGGCAGGUAUAUAUAGUCAUUAUAAGGUUUCUAUAGAUCCACCAAAUGCAAAUGAUAGUGUACUUUACGUUGAAAAGGAAGGAGAGCCUCCAGGACCGGCACAAGCUGCUUUCAAAGGUCUUGUUCCUGGUAGAGCUUAUAAUAUAUCUGUUCAGACAAUGUCGGAGGAUGAAAUUUCUACUCCUACGACUGCACAAUACAGAACCGUUCCUUUAAAACCUCAAAAAAUCACCUUUGAUAAAAGUAAAAUGACACCUUACUCUUUUGUCGUUCAUUGGGAAGCACCAAAUGGAAAAAGUGAAUUUGAUAAGUAUCAAGUAUCCAUAAAUAAUGGCCGGAAGUCACUACCGGUGCCUAGACCAAAAGAGGAACCAACAUUUUGGGAAUUCAAAGAUAAUUUAGAACCUGGAAAAACGUAUUCAGUAAUCGUUAAAACUGUUUCUGGAAAAGUUACAUCCUGGCCAGUGACUGCAGAUGUGACUUUAAAGCCAUUAGGUGUUGAAAAUUUAGUCUCUGAAUAUGACGAAAGUAGUGGGGCCAUAUCCAUUUCCUGGACUCCAAAUCCAACAAGUACACAGGAAAGUUAUUUAGUUUCGUAUCACGAGGUAGAAAGUACUAUUGGUGACAGCAACACCAUCCCAACAAAUAAAAGCAAAAUAACUCUCGAGGCCUUAUUACCAGGAAGAAAUUACUCUGUAACAGUACAAGCCGUUUCCAAAGAUCAGCUAUCCGUAGAAAAUAUGAUUUACGUGGCAACUAAACCAAGCGCACCAAUUAUUGAAGACUUAAAACCUAUAAUAGAUGGAUUAAAUAUAAGUUGGAAAUCUGACGUAAAUUCCAAACAAGAUAAAUACGAAGUUCAGUGGAUAAGAAACGAUACCGAUGAGAAAAGUAUCAGAACUACGUAUGACUCUAAAAUUAUUUUGAAACAUCUGUAUCCAGGAGGAGGGUAUCUUGUAAAAGUGUUUGCUAUUUCACACGGACUUAAAAGUGAACCACACGAGUACUUUCAACCUGUCUUUCCAAGACCUACAACAAAUAUGUCAAUAGAAAAAACCACCACAAACUCUGUGAUCGUGCAAUGGGCAGCUCCCGCCGAUUCAUUAAUCUCCGAAUAUGCGAUUCGAUAUAGAACAGACACAAUAAAUCAGUGGAUAAAAUUACCUCCCGUUCAAAAUACUGAGGCAGAAGUAACAGACAUGACACCAGGAGAAAGAUACACAAUUCAGGUUAAUACCGUGAGUUACGGUUUAGAAAGCAACGAACCGCAACAGUUAAACCACACAGUUCGACCAAAUCCUGUUUCGAAUAUCGCACCUCUGGUGGACUCCAAUAACGUAACCUUAGAAUGGCCAAGACCUGACGGACGAGUCGAGACCUACAUUGUAAAAUGGGAAGAGUCAUCGAAUCCCACGAAAUUAAACUCUAGAAAUGUCAGUCAAAGUCAAAAUGAUACAGGACCGAUAAGAAUAUUAGUGGGGGAAUUAAUUCCAGGUGUUGAGUAUAAAUUUUACAUACAAGCUGUUUCUUAUGAUUUAGAGAGUGACAUAACAACACUAAAGACAAGAACAAUGCCUUUAAUACAAUCUGAAGUAGUGGUAGUAAAUAAUCAGCAGUCUACAGAUUCUAUCAGUCUACGAUACACGCCAACCCCACAGGUUUCGUCAAAAUUUGAUUUUUAUAAGUUCUCCCUUUCCGAAUCAAACAUUCCCGAUCAACAAAAAGCUGCGAAUGAUUCAGAUAGAUUAGUUACCUUUACGGGGCUCGUACCAGGUAGAUUAUAUAAUAUUACCGUGUGGACCAUCUCAAAGGACGUUCUCAGUCAACCUUUACAAAGACAGGAUAGAUUAUAUCCAGAACCUAUAACCGGUAUCAAUGCAACCCAUAUAUCGGACACUGAAAUAACGUUGGCAUGGGCAUCGCCUCGCGGCGAGUACAAUGCCUUUGAAGUGCAAUAUCUAACUUCCGAAAACGUGUUUAUUCAAAAUUUAACGUUACAAAACUCGAUUACAAUAAAUGACCUGAAGCCUCAUAGAAAUUAUACUUUCACUGUGAUAGUACGGAGUGGUACAGAAUCUAGCAUUUUAAGGAGAUCUCUACCGGUAUCUGCGAUAUUUACAACAAAGGAGUCCAUACCUGGAAAAGUCGAGAAGUUUGAACCUAUUGAUAUUCAGCCUAGUGAUAUACUUUUUGAGUGGUCGUUGCCAACUGCGGAACAAAAUGGAGUCAUUAGAAAAUUUACUAUUACUUACGAACAAGAGGGCUCACAUCAUACGUCAUCUAAAGACUUUGAUGCUCACGAGUUUAGGGGAAUUAUAAGGCAGUUGGUACCAGGCAGAACAUACAUUUUUAAGAUACAGGCGGAAACGAGAGUAGGAUUCGGGCCAGAAACGACGUGGAAACAAAAAAUGCCUAUCCUACCUCCACCAAAGCCUAGCAUGCAGGUCGUCCCGACUGAGGUUUGCAAGAGCUCCACCACCAUACAAAUUCGAUUUAGAAAAAAUUACUUUAGCGAAGCUAACGGACCUGUGAUAUCCUAUGCGAUUAUUGUUGCUGAGGACGAUUCGAAAAAUGCCUCCGGCUUGGAAAUGCCAAGUUGGCGUGACGUACAGGCAUAUUCAGUUUGGCCGCCUUACCAGGUCAUGGACCCUUAUUAUCCCUUCUUCAAUAGUUCUGUGGAGGACUUUACGAUAGGAGGGGACUCGUGUGAUAUUAGACAAGUCGGCUAUUGCAAUGGUCCACUAAAAUCAGGCUCCAUCUAUAGGGUUAAGAUCAGAGCGUUCACUGCACCAGAUAAAUUUACAGAUACGAGUUACAGUUUUCCCAUUCAAACAGAUCAAGACAACACACCAAUAAUAUUAGGAGUUAUAAUACCAGUAAUAUUAAUAGCGAUACUAUUUAUAACAGUUAUAUUCAUAAGACGUAGAAGAUCUGCUGGAAGAAAAGCAACAGAAGCUCGUAAUAAUGACAAUAUAUCUCUACCAGAUUCGGUAAUUGAAACCAGCAGACCUGUGAGAAUAGAGAAUUUCUCUAAUCAUUAUAGGAUUAUGUCCGCUGAUUCUGAUUUUAGAUUUAGCGAAGAGUUUGAAGAACUGAAACAUGUAGGCAGGGACCAACCGUGUACUUUCGCCGAUCUUCCUUGCAAUAGGCCUAAAAAUAGAUUUACGAACAUAUUGCCUUACGAUCACUCUCGAUUUAAGUUACAACCAGUAGACGAUGAAGAAGGUUCGGACUAUAUCAAUGCAAAUUAUGUACCAGGUUACAAUUCUCCAAGAGAAUUCUUGGUGACUCAAGGCCCAUUGCAUUCUACAAGAGACGACUUUUGGAGGAUGGUAUGGGAGUCGAAUUCAAGAGCUAUAAUUAUGUUGACACGGUGCGUCGAAAAGGGAAGAGAGAAAUGUGAUCACUAUUGGCCUUAUGACACGAUGCCCGCCUAUUAUGGUGAUAUUUCUGUACAAAUUUUAAAUGAAUCUCGAUACCCUGACUGGAAUAUAAGUGAAUUCAUGGUUUGUCGUGGUGAACAGCAGCGGGUCGUGCGUCACUUCCAUUUCACGACAUGGCCCGAUUUUGGAGUGCCUAAUCCUCCUCAUACGUUGGUUAGGUUUGUAAGGGCAUUUAGGGAACGGGUGCCUCCCGAUCAAAGACCCAUUGUGGUUCAUUGCAGCGCUGGCGUUGGUAGAUCUGGUACGUUUAUAUGUUUGGAUAGAAUAUUGCAGCAAAUAUUAGUGUGCGACUACGUCGACAUCUUUGGAAUAGUUUAUGCCAUGAGAAAAGAACGUGUGUGGAUGGUGCAAACCGAACAACAGUACAUAUGUAUUCAUCAGUGCCUUUUAGCAGUUUUAGAAGGAAAAGAUCUUUCUGGUUCCUCAAGGGAAAUACACGAAAACCAAGGAUUUGAAGAUGACGAAGGAAUUGCUGAAUCGGGAAUGUAGUAGGUUAAUACUCGAAUUAUACUGACUUGGUUUGGAGGGAAAUUGUGGAGAAUCUCAUAUUUGUUGAUCAAACAAAAUUUUUAUAUAAUUUUAUAUAUUUUAUAUAUAUUUUACUGUAAUUACGUUGCUCAAUACGUAUGUCAAGAAGACAGGCUGGCGACUGUCCGUUAACCGUUAAAAUGGAAUUUUACAAGACGUUUACAUUUAGUUACAUCUACUCAGCAAGGAAAUCAUGAGAUUAUGAGUUAUAUGAUAUUAACGAGUGGCAUUUAGUAAGUUGUUACCUAUAUUUUUUAUAAAUGUAUUUAUAUAUAGUCAUUGAUGGUUGUUAAAAUUUUACUUAAAUGUCCCUUUUGCGACAGCUAAUUUUAUUUUACAAAUUUGAUUAAUUUUAGUGGUAUGUGUACAGUUUUAUAGAUACGCACAUUUAAUAAUGAUUAAAUUAUUAUUAUACAUAUUCCACCAGCUAUAUACAAUAUGGCCAAAUUAAAAUGACAAUUUUUUUUAGUACCGCAAAUUUUAUUUUAGGGUGUAAGAUUUUAAGUAUCAGUAUCAUUAAAAAUAAUUUGUUGACAUAAAAUUAUUCUGUGAUAGAUUUUUUGAUUAGAAAAAUAUUUUAUGAAUUUACUUAACUUUCUAACCAGUAAUUAUGUUUAUGUACUUAAUUUUACCUGAAAUAAACAAUUUAUAUUUU